AAGAAUUUUCGCAUUUUGCUGGUAAAGCUACUAUAACAAUCUUGGGUCUCGCAUAUCCCGUCUCUCUCAGGGCUUCAAUCCAAGCUCCUCUCUUCAUCUGUUUCCGGGAAGGAACCGACCACCCGUACAGGUGGGGAGGGAAACGUCAGAGACCCAAUCAGAUCUUUCUGAUCUCAAACUUUAAUUCCUUUCUAAUUCAUAUUGUAAUCAAUCCCUAAAAUUAUUUAUAAUUGUUUAAUUAUAAUGCGUUCCUCGAUAUAUAAAUAAAGUUCUAUAAAACCCGAGUUCCAUUUUGUGCCUUCCCUUUACUUGGAAGAGGUGUUUUCGCAUUCUUCGUCAGCAAACUCCACCAAAGUAUCUGCGUGACUGCCUAGCUUCAUUGUUAUCCGGCAUUCGGGUCAUCCUAAUAUCAGUAUGUCAACAAACUUGAGAAGAAGGCUGCAUCAUGGAGAUAUUGAUGGAAGGCGGAAUGAGCAUUAUGAAAUAUCUGGGCUAGACGAACCAUUACUCCAGUCUCACGAGCGACAAAUCGAACCGAAAGGGGUGUUUCUGGGAGAUCUACUAAAUGCUGAUAGGACAAAGGAACAAAUCCACUGGACAUUUCUGUUUACACAUGUGAUUGCACAAUGGGCACAAUGGUUAGCAAACAUUGUCGUCGGAUCUAGAUCUUUUAUUGAACGGUUUUUACCUGGUGCUUCCUCCAACCCCAUUGGAUCAAACACAAAUCUUCGUCUGCCUUGUCUCAGCCCUCUACAGGAGGAGAGACUCAGCAAUUUGAAGCUACGACUUGGAGUACCGUUUGAUGGCUCUCUACUGGAGCAUCAAGAUGCACUUAAACAGUUGUGGAGGCUGGCUUAUCCUGAUAGGCUGCUCCCAUCACUUAAAUCAGAGCUUUGGAAAGAAAUGGGCUGGCAAGGUUGCGACCCCUCGACCGAUUUCCGGGGUGGAGGAUAUAUAUCACUGGAGAACCUCAUUUUCUUUGCAACAAAACAUCCGAUAUCGUUCCAGAGACUGCUACACAAAAUAGACGGGAAGAGAGCUGAGUGGGAGUAUCCAUUUGCUGUGGCUGGCAUAAACAUUUCCUUUAUGCUCGCACAAAUGUUGGAUCUUCAAAAAGGGAAGCCCUCAACCGCAGCAGGAAUCCGGUUUCUGGAACUGCUGGCGCAUGACGAGUUGGCCUUCGACAACCUUUACUGUGUAGCAUUUAAGAUGAUGGACGCGCAAUGGCUGGCAAAGCGUGCUACGUAUAUGGAGUUUAACGAUGUUAUGAAGUCCACAAGGACUCAGUUGGAGCGCGAGCUCGUCUUGGAAGAUGUCCAGUCUGUUAAAGAUUUACCUGCUUACAAUUUGCUUACAGGAUAAACAAAUUACAUAUGGAAAGACUAUGUAGCAAAAUCUCACAGCCAUACCUUGUAACCUUUGUUUUUUCUUUCUUCUCCACAUAUAGAUAUGUGUAUACAAUUCAUUGUAUAUUUUCCAGCAUCUCCAAUUCAUAUUUACAUAAAUAAAUUACUCCAGCAAGUUAGGGGACUUAAAACGUAGAGAUAGAAGAAUUAGGGACCUUUUCUGUUAAUCGUACAAGGUUGAGGACCUAUCUAUCAUAAAUCUUUUUAUCU